AUGACGGAAAGACUCCGAGUAGCCCCAAGUGCAGAUACGAGCGACGAUGAAAACUGGUGCUAUCGGCGCUCGAUAGAAAAAAAAUCAGCCGCCCAUCGAAGCUGUUCUCCUAUAAAUACGCGGUCUCGUCCUACCCAAAUUCAGAAAUCAGCUAAUUACCGAACAACGAGCAUCAACAUGAAAUACCUCGUCGCCGUCGUCGCCCUGGCCGCAGUCGCCACCGCAGCCCCCCAGAGCCACCACGAGCCCAUCGCCAUCCUCAAGCAGACCAACGACGUGAGCCCCGACGGCAGCUACUCGUGGAGCUUCGAGACCGAGAACGGCAUCGCCGCCGGGGAGUCCGGGGUCCCCCAGGUCGUGGGUGACGAGACGCCGGUGGUCGCCCAGGGCAGCUACGCUUACACGGCCCCCGACGGCACCCCCAUCGGCCUCAGCUACGUCGCCAACGAGAACGGCUUCCAGCCCCAGGGCAGCCACCUCCCGACCCCCCCGACCAUCCCAGAGCCCAUCAUGAGGGCUCUCGAGUACAUCAGGUUGAAGAACCUCAACGCCAAACCCGUAUUCUAAGUUUGGAGAUGAAACGCAUCGGU